AGUAGUGGUGUAAGAGCUCAUUGGCAUAUUCGCAAAAUCAGUUGGGCGGCCCUAAGUUUUCCUCGUUUGGGAUCGCUACGAUGCAUCAACAAGAGCACAAAACAUCCACGUUUACUUCUCUCCGUUCAAGAUCUUUGCCCCGAAGAUUUUCAGUCGUCGAACCAGAGUUGCAAAAACAUUGUUUGGGGUCUAUACCGAGGGUUUGCUAGUUAUGGCACGGAGAACGACUGCAUCCAUGCUGGUGUCUUUUACCCUCGGUAUAUCGUUUGUUUCCUACGGAAUUCAUGAAGGCUUUUCUUUGGGCCUACUUUCUUUUUCUUUUUCUUUUUUUUCUUUUCUGAGUCGAGGCUGGCGUGGCAAGGUCUGGAGACAAUCGACCCUUGGGAGGUAUAUAUAUAUACUUGGCUGGAUGACAACGGCACCCGCGUUGUCUAUAACCUUCUCCAGCUCUCUCCCAAGCAUCUCCUUAGGAACCGUCACAAUUUGCAGUCCAGUUUUUUCAUUGUCAUAACUUUCCUUAGCAUGCCACUUGGGGUAUGCUGAGGCUAGGUAGUUAGGUACACUUCACUUCCUUAAUAAUCGAUUU